AUGAUUAGUCAAACAAUUUCAAAGAUUAUGAAUAUGAACAAUUUAAAUCUAGCUGAAAGUGCCGUUUAAUUAGAAAAAGCAGGUUAUUUAAUUUUUAAUAUUUUUGUAGGUAUUUAAAACGUCUUUAAUUACUUAUCUAAAUCAGAUAUUACUAAUAUAGUAUUCCCUGAAUAAGUAAUUAAGUUAUUAUGCGUAUUUCACUUCAUGAUACAUAAAAAUACUCUUGAUGUACAAGUAUUUUAAGAAUGUAAUAUUUAUUGGAUUACUAAUGUCUUGAAUAAUAGUUUUAUUAUGGAAAGGUUAUCAACAGAAAUGAGUUCUUCUAGCACUUUUGCAAGAAGUAGUUAAUUUUCAUCUUUAAGAUCUUCUCAGUAAUAGACAGAUAUGAAUCAUCAUCAUUUUUAAACAGAGUCAAAAUAAUAAAAAGUACACACAAAAAGAAUGGAUUGUUUAUAAAGUUAUUCAGAGAAAUAAUAAACUGAAAGACAUAUAAUAAGAGAACCUCUAUCAUAUUAAUCUAUGUUGCAAUUAUACUAUACAUAUUUAAAAAGAAUAUGCCAUUAUUAAACAAGUGGAAUACCAAUAAUUGAAUUAUAUGUUAUAUAAAACAUUUGUUCAAUGGGAUUACGUAUAAUAGAAGGAUAGAAAUGUCCAAAAUUAGAUUUUUGUUUUGCUCUUAUACUUAAAGAUCUCGAAUAAUUCUAAAGUUAAUAGAUUGAUUAUUUAAAAGAAUUAAUAAUUGAUUUUAAAAGUUAGAACAAUGAAUAAAUAUUUGAUUUAUUUGAGAUCUAUAAAUUAUUAUGUUUAAAUGGUAAACAAAUUAAAUUUUUUGGAAUGUUAAAUAAACUAACUAUUAAUCAAUAAAAAUUAAAAAGCUUUAAAAAAGAAUGUAAAGAAUUUGUAAUAGAAUGUAAAUAACAUUUAAGAAAAGUGAAACUUCAAUAAAAUUAGGAUAGAUUAAGUGUAUCUGAAUUUAAUACAGAUAAUUUCUUUGAAUAUGAAAGAAAAUAAGUAUACAAUAUUUAUUGA